CUGAGUCUAUGAUCGUAGAGUCAAAUAGCAAAUAAGCUAAGCCUAUUUUUAACGGUGGAAGCUGCGCCCCACCCGCGGCAGCACCACCGGCGGCGCCGGCACACCUAAAUGCGCCGCCCCCUCGCCGCCGUGGCCGCCCUCCGCCUCCGCCUCCGCUUCCUCUCCCCGGCCCCCUCCCCAUGCCGCCUCCUCUCCGCCUCUCACCUCCUACUCUCCCGCCGCGACGACGACAACGGCCGCGAGGGCCCGACGUCGUCCCCGCCCCCGCCCCCGCCUCCCUCCCCCUUCUCGCCCCGCCUGCUCCUCACCUCCGCGUCCGGCGCUGCGGGGCUCCUCGGCCUCCGCGGUGGGUGGCGGGGGCUCCCUCCCGCGGCGUCGCGGCCCCCCGGCGCCGGCGCCGUCGCUGACGCGCCUCCUGUCCGGCUCACCAUCUCCCGCAGUUAUUCUCUGCGUGUGGCCAAGGGCAAGAAGAAGGCGCACUUUGACGAUGAGCACAGCCAUCGAGCGGUUAACAUGGCACUGUGGUGUAACUUCCUCGUCUUCUCGCUAAAGUUUGGUGUGUGGAUUUCAACCUCAAGUCAUGUUAUGCUAGCUGAGCUAGUGCAUUCAGUUGCAGACUUCGCUAACCAGGCUCUUCUUGCAUAUGGUUUGAGCAGUUCAAGACGUGCUCCAGAUGCUAUACACCCCUAUGGUUACUCAAAGGAAAGAUUUGUAUGGUCGCUAAUAUCCGCGGUUGGAAUAUUUUGCUUGGGUUCAGGUGCUACCAUUGUGCAUGGAGUUCAAAAUUUAUGGAAUUCUCAACCCCUGGAGAACAUUCACUAUGCUGCACUAGUGAUUGGUGGGUCGUUCCUAAUUGAAGGUGCUUCACUGCUUGUUGCUAUAAAGGCUGUGAAGAAAGGUGCAGAAGCAGAAGGAAUGAAUAUCUGGGACUACAUCUGGCGUGGUCACGAUCCUACUUCAGUUGCUGUCAUGACUGAAGAUGGUGCUGCUGUUACGGGCCUUGCUAUUGCUGCAGCAUCUUUGGUGGCUGUUCAAAUGACAGGAAAUGCUAUAUAUGACCCAAUUGGUUCAAUCAUUGUUGGCAACAUACUGGGAAUGGUUGCUAUUUUUCUCAUUCAGAGGAACAGGCAUGCUUUAAUUGGCCGGGCCAUUGAUGAUCAUGACAUGCAGCAAGUUCUUGAAUUUCUUAAGUCUGAUCCGGUUGUAGAUGCUCUUUAUGAUUGCAAAAGCGAGGUGAUUGGACCAGGAUUCUUUAGAUUCAAAGCAGAAAUUGAUUUCAAUGGAGUUGUUCUGGUGCAAAAUUAUUUGGAAAGGACUGGACGUGGAACAUGGGCAAAACAGUUCCGGGAGGCUGCAAUAUCCAAGGAUGACACGCAGUUACUAAGGGUCAUGGCUAACUACGGUGAGGAUGUAGUCGAAGCUCUGGGGUAUGAAGUGGAUCGGCUGGAGUCAGAGAUCCAGAAGCUUGUGCCUGGAAUUAAACAUGUUGACAUUGAGGCACACAACCCAGAAGGGCUUUCCCUGUAGAGCAGAAGUUUUGUAGAGUAUGUGUACACUGCAUUGAUUGAUCACACAUGCUGAUCGAUGCCAAUUCGAUUCUUUUUCUACGACAUUCAGAUAUUUCCCCCCUUGAUUGCGUUGCCGUUGUUGCCAAUGUAAUAAUCAGAUGGCUAUAAUUUAUUGCAGAGAAACAAAAAGAUAGUAUUUGAAGGCAAUACGAGCUCGUGCCUGACAUGGAAAUAUGGGAUGUAAGGUUUUGGAGAAGUUGGUUCCUGAUAGAAAAAAACUUGAGCUAUUUUGGUCA